UCCCCAAGGUGUGUGCCCCGGGGCAUCUUGGCGUACGUCUCCAGCCCAGAGCUGAGGACCCCGGGAAGAGGCUGGGCAGCGCCUAGACCCGUGCUCAUAAUAAUGAUGGAAGCUAAGUCCGGUCCUCCCGGACCCUCAAGGAGCCCAGCCCCCAGGGGCUCCUCCACCCCUCAGGGGCUGAGUGACCUGCUGGCCUUCUCUUUGAACAUACCGCGUACCAAGGUCUUGAGCACUGUCUUUUUACCCUCUCAGCCACCCUUCUGGACAGACCUCAUUCUCACUUUAUGAAAAAACUGAGGCCCAGAGAGGUUUAGUGACCAGCUCAGGAUCACCCAGCAGGAAAGAGUGGAGCUGGCCUGAACCUCGGGGACGGGGACGUCGGCUCAGCUCUCCCAGGAGAAUCGAUCCCAGGAGCCAAGGCAAUGGCCUUGAAGCCUGAGAAGAGGGUCGCCUCGUCUGUCUUUAUCACCCUGGCCCCCCCACGUCGAGAUGAGGCUGUGGCUGAGGAUGUGAGGCGGGCAGUUUGCGAGGCUCGGCCUGGCCGCCCGUGGGACUCUCCUGCCCCAACGAAGGCACCCGGGGCCGGCUCAGCGGGGAGGCCCGGUCCCUGGACACCCCCUGGCAGAGCUGCAGCUUCAGUGCCGGCUGUACCCCCUCAGCUCUCCAAUGGAGGAUGUCCUCUUCCUCCUCCUACCCUGGACAGCGAGGGCGCACUCCCCGACCUGGACCUCCUCCCGCCUCCGCCACCGCCCCCACCGGCAUACCUGCCUCCUCCGGAUGAGGAGCCCCCUGCCCCCGUGGGCGCCUCACUCGUCUCUGACCUAGAGCAGCUGCACCUGCCCCCACCCCCGCCCCCACCACAGUCCUUGGCAGAGGGGCCUUCACUCCAGCCUCGGCCCAAUCAUCUUAGGGCGGCAGAGGAGGAGCUGCCGCCUCCCCCAGAAGAGCCUGCUGGCCUCCCCGAGAGAGAGGCGUCGACAGACAUCUGUGCCUUCUGCCACAAGACCGUGUCCCCCCGAGAGCUGGCCGUGGAAGCCAUGAAGAGGCAGUACCACGCCCAGUGCUUCACGUGCCGCACCUGCCGCCGCCAGCUGGCCGGGCAGAGCUUCUACCAGAAGGACGGGCGGCCCCUCUGCGAGCCCUGCUACCAGGACACCCUGGAGAAAUGUGGCAAGUGUGGCGAGGUGGUCCAGGAGCACAUCAUCAGGGCCCUGGGCCGGGCCUUCCACCCCACCUGCUUCACGUGUGUGACCUGCGCCCGGUGCAUCGGGGACGAGAGCUUUGCCCUGGACAGCCAGAAUGAGGUGUACUGCCUGGAUGACUUCUACAGGAAAUUCGCCCCUGUGUGCAGCAUCUGUGAGAAUCCCAUCAUCCCCCGGGAUGGGAAGGAUGCCUUCAAAAUCGAGUGCAUGGGAAGAAACUUCCAUGAAAAUUGCUACAGGUGCGAGGACUGCCGGAUCCUCCUGUCUGUGGAGCCCACAGACCAAGGCUGCUACCCGCUGAACGACCGUCUCUUCUGCAAGCCGUGCCACGUGAAGCGGAGUGCUGCGGGGUGCUGCUGAGGACACGCACCGGCCUUGGGGCCGUGAGCUGCCCGCGAGCCCCAGGUGGGGUGGGUGGGGGUGGGGGCUCUUCCCUGACUUGGUUUCCCUUCCUGACCUGCUCUUGCGCACUCUCCUUUGGAGCCACAACAGGGCCCAGUCUGCAGCUCUGCCCAUCACGUCUGGGCCCUGGGGGCUGAGCCGCCCCUCCCCGCAGCUCAGAGGUUGGGGGCUGGCAGACAGUCCCCCUCACACUGACAACUGCUCCUUCUACCCUCUGGGCGCUGGAAGGCUCCAUACCAUGAGCAUCGUUCCCGGAGUUCCCACCUCCGAAGCUCUGGCCCCUCUUGAGCGCUGGCCUUGACCCCCAUUUCCAGCGGCGAGUUGGGGCGAGUCUCCAGAUGGCACCCUGUGUCCUUAGCAGUGACCCUUAGGUGGCCAGUAGGGGGUGCUGAGACCAGCUCUGGCUUGCAGGACUGAGCUGUUUGAGCAAAACUCCAAGGUCCUUUAAAAAGGGCUUUUUAAAAAUUUGAGGUUUAAAUGAUGGGAAACAUUCUUUGGAUACUUUUUAGUGGGGGAGGAAUCUUAAUAGGAAGUGUCCCCCUUUUGUUCAUAAAUGUACAAGAAUGUGACCUAUUGGUGGCACGGCCAUGGACUGCCCACCUGGGCACCUGCACCUGGCCUUCUGGUGCCUCCUCCGCGUGCAAGAGUAAUUCAGCAGACCUGGAUUGUGCGCCUGUCGUAUGCCGGGCAAUGGUGCCGGAGCUCUGAGAGUUUGGGGCCGUGCACCCCCACACGCACACACGCAGACUCACACACUCCCCCAGGACAGUGCCAGGACUCCUCCAGGGUGUCCCUUCAGCCUUCCUGGUUAUCUCCCGAGUCCCACUCGGGCCCUCCAGCCCAGGCUGCCCUGUGACCACUGCCUCGUUAAGGCCACGCCUAGAAAAUUUUUUUCCCUUUUAAGGAAAAUCACUCUUGUUGCUUUGUAACUUCUAAGACAUUUUGUAGGGCAUGAACAAAUUAAACCAAAUGUGCUUUCCUCCUGGCCUUGGCCUGAUGGACCAGGCGCUCCUAGGAGGAUGCCCCUGGUUCCUAGCGCCGUGUUUCUCUGUAGAGCCCUCGGGGGCUUCAGACAGCGCACAGCUUCUUGCCAGAAGCUUAGAGCAGCGAGUUCCAAACUCCAGGCACCCACAAUAGCACCUCUACAGUUUUUGUCAUACCCAAGGACCACCUACUCUCUUACUUCCUUAAUAUUUUCUUUAGCUCAACAUUUCUUUUCUUUUCUCACUUCCCACUUUAGUCUUAUGCUAAACAAUAUAUCUAUGAAGUCACACGUCGAUGUGCUAGUAAUGUUUUUUCCUAUUACACAUGAAAAUAAAUGCAUAACUAUUAGAAAUG